UAAUUACUAAUCUCUCUCUAGCUAGCACCUGUCUCUUUCCCUCUGAAACAACCAAAUCUUAACUAACAAUUAAUCGUAAUUUAGGCUUAUUGCUUCUAAUCAGUAUUUCAGCUUACUAAUUCUCUCCUUUUACACCUUAAUUAGAAGUAAUUAUGUGCUCUGUGAGGAAAAAGAAGAAAGCUUACACAGGCUUUGGUUUUGCUUUUGAAGGCACUUCAUCUCUCUGACUUCUCUGUGUGUAUGAAACGUGAUACAGCGUUUCUCAGAGAGUAAUAGCUACAGUUUCUCUCUCUAAAUAUUGAUAGAUAGAUAUAUAUGUAUCUAUUUUGUAUGGAUAUGGCACUACAAAGGCCAAAGUAGUCUGUGUAAUCGUCAUCAAUGCAAAGGACGGUACAGUCUUCCCCACAUCCACUAUCCAGCUCAACUGCACCGCACACAUCCACUGUUUCUCUCUCUCCUAACUUGAAACCCUAAUCCUCCGGAUUCAGUUUCAAAUUAUUACGCCUCCGGAUUCAGUUUCAAAGGGGAUUGAUUGAGGAAAGGCAUGAAAGCGGUGGUAUGGAGGUAGAUGAUCAGAUUCAAUGUAAGUUCCCCAGAAUCAGCAAUGGCAGCGCCGCGAAAUUAGGGUGCGCUCGGAUGGACGAGGAGGAGGAGGAGGGAGAUAAGAAGAGAGACAACGCCGGUGGAGUUGAAUUAGGCGGCGGCGUUGGCAGAUUCUACGGCUGGCCUGCCUCGCGGAUUGUUAGGGUUUCGCGGGCGUCGGGCGGGAAGGAUAGGCACAGCAAGGUGCUAACAUCGAAGGGGCUGAGGGAUCGGCGGGUGAGGCUGUCGGUGAACACCGCCAUCCAAUUUUACGAUCUGCAGGACCGGCUGGGGGUCGAUCAGCCGAGCAAGGCGGUGGAGUGGCUGCUCAAGGCGGCGGCGAGCUCGAUUGAGGAGCUGCCGCCGAUGACCACGCCCUUCCCCGACACCCCCAAGCAGCUCAGCGAUGAGAAGAGGUCCAGCACCGCCGCCAGCGAUCACCUCUGCUUCGACUCCGGUGAAGUCAAUUUGGACGGCGGCGGCGGCGAUUUGAAUUACUCGCAGCAGGUGACGAAAUCGUCGGCGUGCAGCAGCACAUCUGAAACGAGCAAGGGGUCGGGGCUGUCUCUGUCUAGAUCUGAGAGCAGAAUCAAGGCGAGGGAGCGGGCCAAGGAGCGAGUCGCGGAGAAGGAGAAGGACUCGACUCAUCCGCCCUCUCUCAACCCUAUCUCUCACACCACUUCCUUCACCGAGCUCUUGAGUGGCGGAAUCGGUAAUAUCACCAACAAUUCUACCAGCCCUAAUUCCAACUCCGCCGCCCCAAGGCACUGGUCCUCCACCCCCAUGGACUACUUCACCUCCGGCCUCCUAGGCCCGCCCUCCGCCGCUCGUCCCGCGCAAAUGCACCUGCCGGCGAAUCCCUACACCUCCGCCGUUGCUUCGCCGCUGUUCAGCAUCGCCGACCACCACCACCCGGAGCUCCAGCACUUCUCCUUCGUGCCGGACCACUUAAUACCAACCGUGAACGCCAACAACAACAACAACAGCGGCAGUGGCAGUGGCGGCAGCAGCAUUGAGUACAAUUUCAACUUUACGAUCUCCUCUUCCGCCAAUUCAUCAGGCCUUGGUCAUGGUGGCUUCAAUAGGGGGACCCUUCAGUCCAAUUCAUCAUCGCCGUCACUUCUGCCUCACCUCCAGAGGUACUCCGACGGAUCCGCCCCGAGUUUCUUCAUCGGCACGGCCGAAACCCACCACCAGUUCCUUUCUGGCUACGAUCCCCGCGGCCUGCAGCUCUGCCAUGGCGACGCCCACGCCAGCAGCGGCCGCCACUCCGCCCAGGGAGGAGGGAAAAGCAAGAACUGAAGCGACGUCGUCCAACUGGUAAAACGUGAAGACAAGAAAAUGAAACAGGCGCAAUGGCUGAACAGAGUGCCCUGUAUUAUGAUUAUUAUGCCUCCGGAUUUCUAAUUGUUCUGUUCCAACUCCCAUUCUAUUAGCACUAUCUGUUGCACAUUGCUGCUCUAUUAUAUAUUGUGCCCAACGCAGCAGUUUGUUUGUGUUUGUUUGUUUGAUUGAUGAGAAAAUGUUUUGCUGCA